UAAUAGAGAGAGUUUAUUGGUAUUUCAAUUACAAGAAUUACUUCCAUAGAUCAUAACUAUAAUGAAAGAUAUACAUAUAGGUAUAUAAUGGCACAAAACUCGUAAAUAAUGAAUAACAAGAAUCUUAAUUUGUUGAUAGCGCUAUCUACAGUUGACAUAAUGAAGCUUAAGUAAUAUUCUCAAAAUUGGCAAAACAAAAGCUAAUCAGUUCAUACACCAAUCAUACUAAUCAGAGACGUUAUUUUUGGGUAAUCGUAAUUCAGGUGGCGAAUUAAUAUAAAUAGAAAAGUAGAAAGUGUCAUAUUGUUAGAAGUAUCAUAUUCAGUGACUACUAUAUAUUUAGUAUUCUGUGGUGACUACUAUGAAAUACAAAUAAACAUAAGUGUUUAGAAUUACUAUCAAAAAAUAGACAUUAAAUCACUGCAGUUAGAACUUAGAAUGGCUACUACUCAAGAAGAAGUGUUUGACAAUGAAGAUAAUAAUUUUUCUCAGGAAAAUACAUCAACGGAAGAUUUAGAGAAAGCAUUAAUGGUAGCUGCAGCAGAUGCUUACUGGACUAAUGAUUCUACUGAAAAUAACUGUGUACAAAAUUCUUCUGACAAUGAAGAGCGUGAAAAAGAAUCUGAAACGAAUGAUGAAGAUAUUAUGAACUCUAAAGCAAACACAUCAUUGCCAAGACGAGUAUCUAAAAACUUGGAAGAAGAUACCGAAUCUUCGAAGUCCUUGUUUCAAACUAACCAAAACAAUGAAGAUGAAAUCGUAAAAAAUUCUUCUACUUCAUUAAAGAGAAAUAUUACUCAGAUCAAUGAUGAUGAAGGAAGUUCAAAAAAAAUUAAAAUCUCUGAUGAAACUAGAUCAGUUGAACCUGAAGGGUAUGCCAAACUUGUUGCUACUCAUUACAAUCAAUUACAGGAAAAAGGUGUUCAAGAAAGGAAUAAAAGUAGAAUAGUAUACAUGAGGAAUUUUCAUAAUUGGAUAAAAAGUAUGUUAAUCAAUGAAUAUUUAACCAAUAUAAAAGCAUCAAAAAAAUAUAAUGCUCCAAUAAGGGCUCUUGACAUGGGCUGUGGAAAAGGGGGAGAUUUGCUUAAAUGGAAGAAAGGAAACAUAUCUCAUUUGAUUUGCACUGAUAUAGCCUUAGUUUCAUUGGACCAAUGUAAAAAUCGAUAUAGUGAUAUGAAAGAAAGGAGUGCUAAAGAUAGAAAUGGAGGUAACUUAUUCAGUAUUGAAUACAUAUCUGCGGACUGUUCAAGGUUAAGAUUGAGAGAAAAAUAUUCUGACCCAUCUGCAAAAUUAGAUAUUGUUAGUUGCCAGUUUGCAUUUCACUACAGCUUUGAAUCCUUACCCCAAGCAGAGUGUAUGCUAAGAAAUGCUAGCGAGUGCCUUCAAGCAGGGGGAUAUUUCAUUGGGACUAUUCCAGAUGCAUAUGAACUUGUAUCAAGAGCAAAAAGAAACAAUUCAAAUAGUUUUGGAAAUGAUGUCUACCAAGUUGUUUUUGAUUGUGAUAUGGAUAAACCCCCUCUAUUUGGUGCUAAAUAUAAUUUUUAUUUGGAUGGAGUUGUGGAUUGUCCCGAAUUUUUAGUAUAUUUUCCAAUGUUAGAGAAAUUGGCCAAAAAAUAUGGCCUCAAACUUGUGAGAAAAGAAAAGUUUCAUGAAUUCUUCAACAGAAUGAAAAAUGAAGGGAAUAAGUUAUUGAGUAAUAUGAGUAGCUUGGAGUCAUAUCCACCAUUUCAUAGUUCUAAUUUAGUAGGAACAUCUGAGGGUGAUUAUGAACAUGCUGAAGAAUUUCUGCGGCAACAAAAUAGGAAUAUUAAAAUUGGUACACUUUCGAAAUCUGAGUGGGAGGCCUCAUCACUUUAUUUAACCUUUGCCUUCCAAAAGGUGAAGAAUACUUGGAAUCCAGAUGGAACCCCUUGUUAUGACAUAUAAUAUCAUGUUGGUGACUUGAACAUUUUGUUAGCAAUUGGUUAUUAUAUAACCCAAACUGUAUGAAAUUUAUACUUUUAUAUUUAGAAUUUUCCGCUGUGAAGUGGCAGGAUAGGGAAUUAUAAUCAAAAUGUAAUAUAUUUUGUGAAGAAACUUUAGCCUCUAAUUGACUUGUUAUACCAUUAGCAAUAUAAUUUAUUAUAACACAAUGCUUUGAUGGUAGGAUUGUUUAAUAGAGUAAAAAAUUCCUAUCUUUUUACCCUUCAGGUGAAAAACUGACCAGACCGUGGCUAAAAAAGCGGGAAUGUUGUAACACUGUAAAAAGUACAUUUCAAAAUUGAGAAGCAUUAAUGAUGUUAAGUAAUAGUUCAGUGGCAUUUUCAAGCAGAUUUGUAUUUGCUUUCUUGUUGUUUCUAAUUGUGAAUCAUAUUCAUUAACCAACUGAUUUUUAUUAUAUUUAUAAUUCUGUUUUAUCUAAAAUAUAAUGUAUUCAACAAUA